AUGCUCGCCGGCACCAUCUUCUUCUUCCUGCGCAUCCUGCAGAUCAUCACCCUCAUCCCCAUCUGGGGCAUCCUCGCCUGGUUCGUUCACCAAGCCGACGAGCGCGGCCUCACCGCGCCCGACACCGUGCUCUGCCUCUUUGUCGUGGCCAUCCUCGCGACCGCGUGGGCGCUCGUAACGCUGUUCCUCUUCCACCGCGGGCGCUUCACGGACCUGUGGGUUGCCGUUGUCGAUCUGUGUUUCUUUGGCGUGCUCAUUGCGGGCGUGGUGCUGCUGGGCAGGGUUGCGGAGAACACGGACUGUGUGGGCGCGUGGUCGAAUGCCGGGUGGGGUAACUGGAAUGUCGGCGUGAGGGUCGAUAGGACGUGCUCCAUGUAUAAGGCGGCGUGGGGGCUGGGGAUUUUGAAUGUGCUGUUGUUCUUCUUUACGGCGGUGAUGGCGGGGAUGAUUUGGAGGAGGGGGAGGGACGCGACGGUUGGUGAGAGGAGGGGACGGUAUUGGUAA